AUGAAGCUUUAUAGUGUCUCCGAUGGACCACCAUCCCUUGCAUGUCGUCAAGCAUUAAAAGCUUUAGGUAUUGAAUAUGAAUUGGUGGAUGUAAAUUUCGGUACAGGUGAACACAUGACAGAGGAAUACAUGCAAUUAAACCCACAAAAGGAAAUACCUGUUUUAAUUGAUGAUGACUUAAUUAUGGGAGAAAGCAAUGCUAUUUUGCAAUAUCUCGGUGAUAAGUACGAUAUAGACGGCAAAUUGUACCCAAAGGAUGCAAAGGCACGAGCAAUUGUGAAUCAUCGUUUGUGUUUCAAUCUGGCAAUGUACUAUCGGAAUAUUUCCGAAUAUGUGAUGGCUCCCAUAUUUUUCGAUUAUGAAAGAACUCCCUUGGGUUUGAAGAAAAUGACAAUUGCUUUAGACGUUUUCGAUACAUACCUGAACCGUGAAAAUUCAGAAUAUGCUGCGGGGAAUACAUUGACUAUUGCUGAUUUCCCACUGAUUACCGCUACCAUGUGUCUAGAAGCAAUUGAUUUUGAAUUAAAUCAGUGGCCUCGUAUACAAAAAUGGUACAAUAAUUUUAAACGAAAAUAUCCAGAGUUGUGGGAAAUAGCUGAAAAGGGUAUGCAAGAAAUUGAGUAUUUCGAGAAGAAUCCACCAGAUUUAUCGGAUAUGGAUCAUCCGAUACAUCCCGUUCGUAAAAACAAGGUGUAA